UCGAUAUAAAAGCAACCAUUCGUCCCAGUCGCAGCAUCAUUUGCAUUACCGCAAUACACCCAACACACAAAAAUGGCCGCUAAGAUCAUCGUCUUCUUCGCCGCUUUGGCCGCCGCCAACGCCGGUCUCUUGUCCGCCCCGGCCGUAUCUACCUACGCCGCCGCCCCCGCCGUCUCUUACGCCGCUCCCGCCAUCUCCACUUACGCCGCUCCCGCCGUCUCCUACGCUGCCCCCGCCGUAGCCGUCGCUAAGGCCGCUCCCGUCGCCACCUCCUACUCCUACACCGCUCAAGCUACCCCCGCCGUAGCCUACGCCGCUCCCGCCGUAGCCGCCGCUCCCGUAGCUGUAGCCCACGCCGCUCCCGCCGUGGCCGCCGUCAGAUACGCCGCUCCCGCCAUCCACGCCGCUCCCGUAGCCGCCGUCAGAUACGCCGCCCCAGCCAUCCACGCCGCUCCCGUAGCCGCCGUCGCUAGAGUCGCCGCUCCCGCCGUCUCUGUCCACCCAGCUCCCGCUCUCAGAUACGCUGCCCCAGCCAUCCACGCCGCCCCAGCCCUCCACGCCGCCCCAGCCAUCGGCUACGCCGCUCCCGCCAUCGGUGUAGCUCAUGCCGCCCCAGCUAUCGGUUACGCCGCCCCAGCUGUCGGUCUCGCCCAUGGUUAUGCUGGAUAUUCUGGACUCGCCACCGGUUAUUCUGGACUCGCCCACGGUUAUGCUGGUCUUUCUCAUGGUUAUGCUGCCGGUUUCGGUGCCGCCAAAUACUUCUACAGCAAUCAUCAACCAACACACAAAAUGGCAGCUAAGUUCGUAGUAUUCUUCGCCGCUCUGGCCGUCGCUAACGCUGGUCUCUUAUCCGCCCCGGCCAUCUCCACUUACGCCGCCGCCCCCGCCGUCUCUUACGCCGCUCCCGCCAUCUCCACCUACGCCGCUCCAGCUAUCUCCACUUACGCUGCCGCUCCCGCCGUCUCUUACGCCGCGCCCGCCGUAUCCUACGCCGCUCCCGCCGUGUCCUACGCCGCCCCAGCCGUAGCCGUCGCUAAAGCCGCCCCAGUCGCCACUUCCUACUCCUACACCGCCCAGGCUACCCCUGCCGUGGCCUACGCCGCUCCCGCCGUAGCCGCCGCCCCUGUCGCUGCCGUAGCUAGGUAUGCCGCCCCAGCUGUCAGGUACGCCGCUCCCGCCGUCCAUGCCGUAGCUCCCGCUGUCAGCUACGCCGCUCCAGCUGUCAGAUAUGCCGCCCCAGCUGUCAGCUACGCCGCCCCAGCCGUCAGCGUUGCCCACGCCGCUCCCGCCCUUAGCUACGCCGCUCCCGCCGUAGGUCUCGGUUACUCCGGUUUGGCUGGUUAUUCCGGUUUGGCUGGUUAUUCUGGUUUGGCUGGUUAUUCCGGUUUGGCUGGUUAUUCCGGUUUGGCUGGUUAUUCCGGUUUGGGAUAUGCCGGUUAUGGCGGUUAUGCCUCCGGUUAUUCAGCAUCACUUCUUGCCUUACAACCAACACCACCACUAGCAACAAUGGCCGCCAAGAUCGUAGUCUUCUUCGCCGCGUUAGCCGCCGCCAACGCCGGCCUCUUGUCCGCCCCGGCCGUCUCCACAUACGCCGCCGCCCCCGCCUACUCCUCCAUCUCCUCUUACGCCGCUCCCGCCAUCUCCACUUACGCCGCCGCUCCCGCUGUCUCCUACGCCGCUCCUGCCGUCAGAUACGCCGCUCCCGCGGUAUCCUACGCCGCUCCCGCGGUCUCCUACGCCGCUCCUGCAGUCAGAUACGCCGCUCCAGCCAUCCACGCCGCUCCCGUAGCCGCCGUCGCUAGAGUCGCCGCCCCAGCGGUCUCCGUCCACCCCGCCCCAGCUGUCAGAUACGCCGCCCCAGCUGUCAGCUAUGCCGCUCCAGCUAUUGGUGUCGCUCAUGCCGCUCCAGCUAUUAGCGUCGCUCAUGCCGCCCCCGCUGUUAGCUACGCCGCUCCCGCCUACAGCGUAGCUCAUGCCGCUCCAGCUGUCAGCUACGCUGCUCCAGCUGUUAGCUACGCCGCUCCCUCUUACGGGUACGCCGCCCCCGCCAUUGGGCUCGCCCAUGGGGCUGGUUUCGGUUACGCCGCCGGUUAUGGUGCCGGUUAUGGUGCCACUUACGGUGCCGCUUACGGUGCCAAGUAUUUCUAAGUGUGUUGGGUGUUAAAACGAAUGAAGUUUUUUGUUGGUUGUACAUAUUUUUUUUUGUAGAGUAUUUUGUUCAGUUUUUGUUGUACUUGAACAGACUGUUGUACUGAGUUUUUAA